UAUUUUUGUAACAAAAAAAUUAAUCUAAGUUAAAUAAAUAAUAAAUAUAAAAAUAUCUUGAAGAAUAAAUAUUUUUUUAAGGAUUUAGUGGAAUGAUUUAAUUUAUUAGAUCAGGUUAUAUUUAUCCACACGUGGCAGCAAAAAUUAAAUAAAAAAUGUCAAGAUUUUCAAGAUUUCAAAAAUUCGCAGCUGUUCUAGGAGUUGGUACAGUAAGUGGAGCUGCUGCUAUAUAUUACAACGGCUACUUGUUUUCUAAAGAAAAAUACGAAGGUACGUACAAUAACACGCCCAAGUUCCCAGGAGUUGGUGAGUUGACCCCUUCUAUAAAAUGGGACAGCAAUUGGGACCGGAGAGACCCAAAAAGUUUGAUAAAACCUAAAAAGUUAGAAGCAAUGACCGACGAGAACAAGUACAACGCUGAAAUCGAGGCCCACAAGCCGCGAGCAGCUAGACAUAUUCUCCUAAUUCGCCACGGUCAGUAUAACUUAAACGGAUCAACGGACACCCAGAGAAUCUUGACUGAACUGGGAAGAAAUCAAGCUGAUUGUACUGGCAAGCGCUUGCAGCACCUGGCUCUGCCUUAUUCUCAGAUCGUCAAGUCUACGAUGACCAGAGCGCAAGAGACUGCCAAGAUCAUAGAGACCAGCUUGCCCAACGUACCUGUCGUUGAUGACAGUCUUCUGGUCGAGGGAUGUCCUAUUCUUCCCGAGCCGCCGUUCGGCGGCUGGAGACCCGGGAUCCAGUACUUCCAAGACGGACCCAGAAUCGAAGCUGCCUUUAGGAAGUACUUUCAUCGUGCUAGUCCUAAACAGGAGAAGGAUUCUUAUACGAUAAUUGUGUGCCAUGCUAAUGUCAUCAGGUACCUUGUUUGCAGAGCUUUGCAGUUUCCUCCAGAAGCCUGGUCAAGGUUUUCGCUCAAGCAUGCGAGCAUCACUUGGAUUUCUAUUCAACCUAGUGGUCGGGUUAUACUGCGCGGCUAUGGAGAUGCUGGACAUAUGCCUUCGGAGUUUUUGACGACCAGUUAAUGGAAGGAUUGAUCAGGAAUAAUAAUAAAGUUAGCCGACG